UUGAUUUUACUUUUGGUGUAACUGUACAUGUGUAUAAUAUGUUUGUUGUACAGAAUGUACCGGCGCAUUUUUGAUAAAUUGAAUAUGUUCAAUAAACCAGUCUUCCACUAAACGUGUGUCAAUGAAUACCUCAAAACGAUAUAACAUGGCGCAGUCGGUGUAAAAUUGUGAAUAUCAGUGAAAUAAUCAAAAUGGGUGAUUAUAGAGGUUUACCCCCAAUGGACUUCUCCGGAAAUAUUUCAGAGAAUUGGAAAAUAUGGAGACAGAAGUUCGAAAAUUACUUGGUUGCCACCGAAGUAGGCAAAAAGGACGAGAAGAUUCAAAUCGCACAAUUACUGCAUUAUAUAGGCGAGGAAGGUUUCGUAAUUUACAAUACUUUCACCUUUGAUGACGAAGAUGAAAAAAAUAAAAUAAAAACCAUCCUGAACAAGUUUGAAUGUCAUUUCUUGCCAAAGAAGAACUUAUCAUUCGAACGAUACCGGUUUUUCACAAGGAAACAAUUGACGAAUGAAAAAAUCGAACAAUAUGCAACUGAUCUGAAAAACAAGGCACGUUCCUGUGACUUCGGUGAUUUGAAGGAUAGCCUAAUAAAAGAUAUUUUCACUUGUGGAUUACAAAAUCAAACUCUUCGUGAAAAGUUACUACAGGAUGAUCAGAUAGAUUUAGAUGGAGCAAUAAAAUUUUGUGUGACGAUUGAAAACUCUAAACAACAGGCCAGUGUCAUCACUCAAGAGUCCAGCUCGUCGUUAUCUUUGGAAGUACAAUCUGUAAGAAAAGCAAAAAAACAUCAUCAAUUCAAUAAGCGGCCAGGAAAAUACACCAACCCUAAUGAAGGACAAAGUCAAAAAGCAAGAGAACAAAAUAAUUCUUCUGGUAGUGGACGCAGACUCAGCAAAAAUAAUGGAAUUUGUUAUCGAUGUGGCGGAGUACAUGGAAAAAACCAGUGCCCUGCGUUCGGAAAAAAGUGCAAUUUGUGCGGAAAAUUAAAUCAUUACUCAAAAAUGUGCCAACAAAGAAAUGUAAAUACAGUGAAUUUAAGUGAAAAUAACCCAAACGAAAAUGAGGAUUGCUUAUUUAUAGGGAAUAUCGAUGUCAAUGAAAAUGAUAGUUCUUGGUAUGUCUUGCUAAAAAUAAAUGAUGAAAUUGUAAAAUUCAAACUGGAUAGCGGAGCACAAGCGAACUUGAUAUCAAUGAAAAUAUUGAAACUAAUUAAUUUUCCUUCUGAUUUAAUAUUGAAAAGUGAUAAAAUUCUAAAAUCAUAUACAAAUGAUAACUUAAAAAUCUUAGGAAAAUGUUUCUUGAAUUGUCAGUAUAAAGAAAACAGUCAUAAAUUAGAAUUUUUUGUGGUUGAGGAAGAAAUUAUUAAUGAAAAUUCAGAUCUCUUUGCGGGAUUAGGAUGUCUUAAACAACAAUAUCACAUCAAAUUAAAUGAGAAUGUAACUCCUAUAGUACAUCCUCCCAGGAGAAUACCUAUUCCGAUACUUAAUAAAUUCAGAGAAACUUUAAUUGACUUGGAAAAAAAGAAUUUUAUAAGAAAAGUGGAAGAACCCACAGAUUGGCACAUUAGACGCAAAUUCUGGAUUUUGGCAAAUACAAUUGGACGAAGAAAGUUCGAAAUUGUGUACGUUCUCAACCCCAUUCGGGAGAUACUGUUUCUUGAGACUUCCUUAUGGAAUUCGCUCAGCUCCUGA